GCCGCGCGGCCGCGCGCCCGCGGGCGGCGCGCGACGAGGGCCCGAGCGGGCCCGAGCACGGAGCAGGGAAAGCGGACAGCAACCCGAAGCGGGCCCUGUGGGCUGGUGCGCUGGCCGCCCUGGCCUCGGCCACGAGGGCGGCAUACACCCUGCCGCGGCCCCGGAGGGCCCUGGCCGGGCGCAGCGGGGGCGCACGGGGAGCCGCCGGCGCACGCCGGGGCCGCGGGCGAGGCAGCUGGGCCGCCCUGGCCCGCAGCCGCCUCGGCUCGCGAGCGGGGCGCACGCCGCAGUCGGGCUCUCCUCGCCAUGGCCGCGCGCGCCCGCGGCCGCGCGGCCGCGCGGCCGUGGCUGCUGGCGUGCCGACCGCGGGCGCUGCUCGCCGCCGCCGGCUGGCGGUGUGCUGCGGGCGGCUCCGCCGCGGCUGCGCGCUGGCCGGCGCCGGCGCGCCCCGGGCGUCGUCCGCUGCCGGGGCCGUGCGCGGCGCCAGGCCGCACGCGGGCGCGGGGCCUCGCGGCGUUGCGGCCGCGGCGGGGCUGGCGGCGGCGAGAGAGCCGUCGCAGCAGUGGGGGGGGCUCACGCCGCAGGGCCCGUAUUUCCGCGGGGGGAGGAGGAAGACGAUCCUGCGCGAUCUGGUUCCGGGCCAGGUGUGGAGCCUGGAGCAGGUGCAGGGGGUGAUCUACGUGCACGUCCCAGUGCGGAUGGCGCUCGUGAGGACGUCGGUGGGGCUGGUGGGCUACUCGGCCGUGGCACCCACCGAGGAGAUGCUCCAGCUGCUGUCGCGCAUCGAGGAGGCUGCUGGCGAGCGGCUGGCCCACCUCAUACUCCCGACCACGGCGGCCGAGCACAAGCUCUUCGCAGUGGCGCUAGCGCAGGCGAGGUCCGACCUCGAGUUCUGGAUCGUGCCCGGCCAGUUCGCCUUCCCUCUGAACCUGCCGAACGAGCUGCUCGGUUUCCCCAUCGGGCGCACGCGGCCGCUGCCCGCGCAAUGCUCGGACACCGUCGCCCCGUGGGCCGCCGAGCUGCCCUACAGGGUGCUUGGGCCCUUCCCUUCGAAGGACGGCGUCUCCACGUUCGAAGAACUGUGUGCUUUCCACCCUGCCAGCAAAACGCUGCUGUGCGUCGACUUGGUUGUGAGCGUCCCGAGCGACCCGCCGAGUAUCUGGUCCACCUUCGGCGUCUGCCUGCCAUCGCGGUUCGACUUGCCAGACUUCGUGCUUACACAUUCGCGGACUGUCGCGCGGUUCCAGAGAUUCGAGGCCGUGCCGGCGGCACGGCGCCGGAUCCUGCUGGCCAACGACCCCCGCGCGCUCUGGUGGCACGCGCGCACGGUCGGCACGGACGGCACGGCCAACGCGCAGUCCGACGCGGCGUACCGGGAGGAGAGGGAGCGGGAGGGCUGGCAGAAGAUCGCGCUCUUCGCCCUCUAUUUCCAGAGUGGCGCGCUCGACGUAGCCAACGAGCCAGACGGCUCGCUGGCAGGGGCGUCAGCGUUCUUCUCGACCGCGUUUCCGUCUGGCGUGAGCGACGCCACGAAGGAGCUCGGGUGGGGGUCGUUCUAUCCCUUCACCUGGAAGCCCAGCUGGCGCGCGAGCUUCGACGCCCUCCGCUGCGACGGCGCCCUGCUGGUGCCCCCCAUCCUCGCCGUGCUGAUCCUGAACCGGCGCACGCGGGACGUUCUCGACUUCGUCGACGAUGUGUGCGAGAGUUUUCCGUUUGAGCGCGUCGUGCCCUGCCAUCUUGUUGCGCUGCCGCGCACGUCCGCCACCGCGCCUGUGGGAUGGGAGCAGCCGCCCGCCGACCUGGCGUUCCUGCGCGGCUUCGAGCGGCAGCUGGUGGACCUGGGCAGCAUCUUCCCUGCUGCGCCGAAGCAGCCGUGGCCGCUGCGGCUCCAGCCGCCGCCGGCGGCGGCCCCCGGGCGCGGCCUCCCGGCCGCGCCCCGCCUCCGCGCCGAGUGGCCGCGGGCGGCGCGGCAGGGCCGGGGCGCGCCCGCCGCGCCGGCGGAGUGGCCGCAAGCGGCGGGCCGGCAGAAUACCCAGCACCCGAUCCUGGACCUGGUCAGGGACCCCAAGAUCUCCGAGGAGGAUCUCGACGGUUACGUGUCGUUCCUGGACGCUGGAGGCCACCUGCAGGAGAGCGACGAUUUCCAGAGAAUCAUCAGGCAGUACGUGUCGAAGCAGAGGUGGUCCGAUGCGAUCUACUGGCUGUCCGAGAUGCUCAGGCUCGCGCUGCAGCCGAAGGCGAAUCUCCUCAGCUCUUGCGUGCGCUCCUGUGACGCGGCAGGGCAGUGGGAGCACGCCCUGGCGAUGGAGGACGAGAUGACAAGGACCGGCGUGGGGCUGGAGGACACGUACGUGCCCACGACCUGCUGGCAUGCGCCCCCGCAGGACCCCAGCGCCGACAUGGAGGCCUGGAAGAGUGCCGGCGAUUGGCCCGCGGUGCUGGCGCUGCUGGAGGGGCUGCGGCGGAGAGGUGACGUCGUCCUCGGCACGCGCGAGUGCGGCGCCGCCGCGUGGGCCUGCAAGAACGGAGACAGGUGGGACAUCGCCUUGUCUCUGCUCAGGGCCCAGGAGCGGCAGGGGGUCCAGACGAGCGGCGCCCUCCUUGACGCGGCCCUCGGCGCCUGCGUGAAGACCAGGCAGUGGGAGGCCGCGGUGGGGGCGCUCCUCUCGGCCCCGGGCCUCGCGCGGCUCGCCAGCCCCGGCAGCAGGCAGCCCAGGCUGUCCCACGCCCAGCCUGGCGCGGCCCGGCUCCUUGGCCUGCGGUGGCAGGACGCCGGCGGCCUGCUCGAGGCCCUGCGAGCCCGCGGGGUGCAGCCGGACGCGGGCCUGCACUCGGCGGCCCUGCGGGGCUCCUGCAGCGGGUGGCCGCGGCUCGCCAGCGCGGAGGAGCUCCUCGCGGCGGGGUGCUGGGUCCGCCCCUUGCACGAGGGCCCCAGCGACUGGACCGAGAGCGACCCCGAGGAAUGUUCGGAGCAGGCGAGCGCGAGGUUCAGGUGGGACCACGCGCUGGGCACGCUGCGCCACAUGCGGCAGAGGCGGCUCGAGCCGGACGCGAUCGCCUACGCAUCGUCCGCCCUCGUCUGCCAGGGGUGCGCGCAGUGGGAGCACGCGCUUAUCCUGGUGGAGACCGCCAGGGCGCGCGGGCUCGCCCCGCGGCCAGCGGGGGCGGCGGCGCUGCUGGGGGCCUUCCUGGGUCGGUGGCGCACCGGCGGCGCUGACGGGCCAGCCUUGGAGGUGUGCGGGGAGGCCGCCAGCGGUUGGCUGGCGGUACGGGCCCUGCCGGGCGGAGCGGACGCGGGGCAAAUCAGCGCCAGCGGCGGCGGUGUGCGGCUGCUGCUUGCCCUGGAGGGCCCUCCGCGCUCCUGGAGGCUCCUGCCGGGGAGCCGGCCUGGCGAGCGCGUGCUGUGGGGCCUGCAGGAGGGCCCCGGCGGUGGCGCCUGCGUGCAGACGUGGCUGCCAUUUCAUGACGAGUCGCCGCAGGAGGGCGAGAAGCCCGACGCCGGGGCGGCGCCCCCGUGCCGCGCGGCCGCGCUGCUGCAGGGCCAGUGGGCGAGCCAGGCGAACCCCGCGGAGAUCUACGAGGUGGACGGCAUGAGCGUGGUCCGGAGCUUCUCGAAGCGAGGAAGCGGCAAGAGAGAUAGGCCGUUCUCCUCCAACUUCUCGUUGAGGUGGAACGCGGCCCAGGGACGGCUCGAGUGGGGCACCGCCGGGAAGUUCUUCCUGCGGGAGCCGCCAGCAACGACGGCGAGUAUGGACGUGGCCGAGUGGGCCCCGAGCGGCGGGGCGGGCCAAGGGUUUGUCUGGCGCCGGCUGCCCGCGGAAAGUGGCGGGUCCGCCCCGUCCCUUCUGCGCCCUCCGCCCUCCUGUUUUCAAAAUAGUUGUUUGGUCAGAGCGCUUUUUCUGAUUGGUUAG